AUGCUCAGGGCGCUCAACUCGCCGACGCCGCCGCUCCGGGUCCGCGCGGCGUGCCGCGUCGCCUCGCAGGGUGGUGGUGGCGCUCGCCCGGGGAGGCGAAGGGCGGGUGGCCCGCGCAGGGCGGUGCCGCAGCAGCCGCCCGUGCGACGGCCCUCCGGGGACCGCGUGUGCACGCCGUGGCGCGGUGGUGGCGUGGGUUCCGCGGCGAGCCCCGGUGCGGCGGCGGUGACGCCCGUCGUCGCGGCGCCAGGUGGGGUGAAGGGCGAGCUGGAGGCGUUCUUGGAGGUGGUGCCGGCGAGGAUGAGGCGGGGUUUGGCGCGGCACCCGGAGGUGAGUGAGCUAGUGGAGGUCGUCAUGGACCUCGGGCGCCGGCCGCUCGCGCGCUUCCCGUCGGGGGACUGGGUGAUCUCCGAGCAGGCUGUCACCGCUGAUGAUCUCCGCCAGGCCGUCUCAAAGGUAGGUGACUUCUCUGAGGAUAACCGAUCCGGGAUCAACCACUCGUUGCACAGGAUCAGCGCCAUCCGAAACCGCAAGGAUCAGAUAAUUGGUCUCACUUGCCGUGUGGGUCGAGCUAUAUCUGGAAGUGCAGAGAUGAUCCGUGAUCUGGUUGUGGGGGGCGGUUCAAUAUUGGUGAUUGGACCUCCGGGGGUUGGGAAGACUACUCUGAUCAGGGAAAUAGCUAGAAUUUUGGCUGAUGAGGGUAAGAAACGUGUUAUCAUAGUGGACACAUCGAAUGAAAUAGGAGGUGACGGGGAUGUGCCUCAUUCUGGCAUCGGACGUUCUAGGAGAAUGCAAGUUCCCAAAGUUAGCAUGCAGCAUAAUGUAAUGAUUGAAGCUGUUGAAAAUCAUAUGCCGGAAGUUAUUGUAAUCGAUGAGAUCGGUACAGAACUAGAAGCAAUGGCAGCCAGCACCAUUGCUCAAAGGGGUGUUCAACUUGUUGGAACUGCACAUGGGGUGACAAUUGAUAGCAUAAUUAAAAACCCUUGUUUGCAAGUGCUUGUUGGUGGGAUUGAGAGUGUGACUCUUGGCGAUGAAGAAGCAAAAAAGCGGAAAGUCCAGAAAACAAUUCUUGAGAGAAAAGGACCCCCAACAUUUUCAUGUGCUGUGGAGAUGAUUUCAAAGACUGAAUGCCGAGUACACCACAAGUUAGAAGCUACUGUUGAUGCUAUUCUUGCAGGAAAACCUCCUAAAUUUGAAGCACGUAAGAUGGAUUACAAGGCUACCGAGUCAGGAAGAUCAUUGGUGAUACCUGAGAGAGAAUAUGAAGCAGAACCCUUGCCUUCAUAUCAGGAACAUCUGGUUGCCAAGACAAUGCCAUCAGAGGAUAAAUUCGAUGAUGAUUUCAGCACCCGGCGAACAAAAAGCAGGAGUGUACCAUCAGAUGAUAAUUUUGAUGAUGAUUUUGGAUAUACAAGAAAAACAAAAGGCAAAACAUCUGUGCCUGGAAAAUCUCCUGUCCGUGUGUACACAUACCAGAUUUCAGAAGCUGAUAUCUUGCAAGUAGCAACGGUGAUGGGAUUUGAUGAUGAACUAGAUGUAACAGAUGACAUUGGAGCUGCCAAUGUGAUUCUUGCAUCAAGUUCUGAAAUGAAGCAAAACCACUGGAUUCGCAAUGUUGCCAAAUACCACAAGCUUCCCAUAUUUGUUGUUAAGACAAAUACAAUGGCUCAAAUCGUAAAGGCUGUUAGAAUGAUUGUUGGGAGGGAUAAACUUAGUGCACCAGCACGCAAGCAACCUAAGGUCGUGGGAGAGAUCGUGAUUGAAGAUGAUGCUCCAAAGAGGAAGCCAUCUUUGGAGGAAAUCGAUGCUUUGGAGGAGGCUCGCCUUGCAAUCGAGUACAUUGUAAUCCCAGGAGGGGAGCCCGUCGAACUCCUCCCAAGAUGUUCAGAAAUAGUUGCUCGGCAGCUGGAGCUUGUUGAAAGCUACCAGCUGCUGGCUGAAACCUUUGGAACUGACUCCAACUCAAGGUUGCAGAUUCUUCCAGUGAAAAUAACCAAGAAGAGCUCAAGCAAAGGCAGUACAGGAUCGACGCCCAAGCAGACCAGCUCUGACCUGAUCGUCAGUGAUAACGGAGGCGGCUCCAGUUUUUCUCGGCUGCCCUUUCUGCCGAAAUGACCACUAGAUUGACACUCUGAUCUGAUCACCGUUGCCUGCCAAAGUGUACAUCAUUCUUCUCUCCUCCUGUUGUUGUUUAUGUUGUACAUACAUACCUGUGCAGUGUUGUAAAUAGUGUUGAAUGUUAAAGAAUCGAAAGAGCAAAGCUAAUUGUAAUUGCCUUCCAUUCUUUUACAGAAAUAAAAUAUCACAUUUCUGGUGUCUUUGCCAGAUCAGCUCA